AAUAACAAGUGACUAAACUAGUGACUGAGAGACGUGUAAGAGCACCUAGGCGCUAGUCAAACUUUUGAAUAUCUGUCGCAUGAGCGGACCAGCUUUCAGCUUCUAGGGAUUGAACAAAGGUGACAAUAUCAAAAUGUCUUAUUCCUACUCCAAGAGGUCUUAUUCUCCCAGUGCCGCUAAUAGCAGCAGUCCAAGCCAGGCGAUUGAGGACAGCAAGAAGAAGACGUCUCUGCUAAAGGACAGCAGUUGGAUCAGGAGAGAUGCAGAGGAGGACGAAGCAGUCGACCGGGAUCCCAACUUUGGCAGAGUGGUUCUGAACAAAUACCGGUCCAAUGAGGCUCUUGACAGUGCUGAGCCUGCAGACUCAAAAUCCCCUAAAACGACAGCCACCAAGACAUUGUCUUCCGUAGAGGCCCUCAAAAAGAGAUUUGGUGGGAGUCAGGAUGAAUUGAGCAAGGGCAGCACCCUGCCUUCAACUUAUGGACGUACUAGCACAUCCUACACAAAAAGUACCUCACCACCGAAGUCAGAUUGUCUCAAGACAACUACUGUCUCUAAAACAACAGUCACAGAGGAACCUAAGAAAACAAGCACCACAACAACUACCACCACCAAAGGUGGUACAACUACUGAGACUACCAUCUCCACAAGCCAGAGUGUGAGCAGAUCCCCAGUUGUGAAAUCACCCACCACCAACACUGAGAGCUUCACCGAUCGGGUCUUCAGCUCAAAAAAAAGGACUGAGGAUCAGUUAGUCGAUACUCUGAUACCAACAUCCAUCAAAACUGAGCACUUGAUCCCGGACAGCACGACAAGUGUCUCCAAAACAGAGACUGUGACACUGAAAACCACUAAAAAGGACAGCACUUCUGGAGAUGGCAGCAAAACUCCCCCCACGAGCCCAAGGAGGACUUCCUCAAAGACCGAGAAUGACCUCUAUGAAACUCUCCUGCCGACAUCCAUGAAGGCUUGCUACUCCUCCCCUGACAGCACUACAACCAUCACCAAGAAAGAAGUUGUCACUGUGGACAGCCCCAAAGGGGAUGUCAAAACUGUGAAAUCUCCGACCUCUACAACUAAGACCAUCACUAGCUACAGUUCCUACAGUAGUAGUGACGACGUCUCCUCUACCAAGUCCUCUUCCUACUCCAUCAGCUCCAAGCCAAGUGAGGACUACACCUCAACCAACACCCGUAGAAGCUACUCCAGCAAGCCAGACAACAGGACUGUUUUGGAGAGAGACCUGUGCUCUUAUUGCCGUAAGCCCAUGAGUUCCGACCCCAAGAUGGUGCUGGAGGAUAUGAAGAUCAACUGCCACACUACCUGCUUCAAGUGUGAGGUGUGUAGCAGUCCCCUGGGCCAUCUCAAGGCUGGGGACAGUAUGUGGGUCUACAGACGCACCGUCCACUGUGAGCGCUGCUUCGAAGUCACCAGAGAAAAAUGGCAUCGUUGAACCUCCAAAGUUCACGCGGAUGAAGAUGGGGUCUUUAUUCUAUGGCCGUUUAAACAGAUUGAAGUUUUUGAAUUACAUUUUGGUGACAUGGGUCCUCCUUAUAUAGGUACGGAAAUGCAUAGAUGUUGAAAAAUAGCAUAUUUUUCAGAUUUCAUACCUUUCUUGUGUUUAUUAAAUGGAGUGGAUGUUAAUCGUCUACAUAAAAACUGCAUGGACAAUUCAUGGUUUAAUACAUUAAUAUACUAUAUGGAAUAUGUAAGCAUGUUGUUGUUUUUUUAUCUCUAUGUUCUUUUUACUUUGAGUAGCCUAUAAUCAUGAUAGCUUAAACAUCCACAGUAAAAUGCAUGUAAGCCAACAAACAUUUUUCUAACCUGUCUCAGCCAGCUGUUUGUCUCCAUAAUCAACUUAUUUCACAGGCAUUCAGGCUACCAAAGUAGGCCUACUGUAAGAUAUCCAUAUGGUGCAAUAAUUAGGGCCAGGGGAUAGUUGUGAGUACUAUACAAAACUAUUAAUAUAAUAAUGAAGUUACACAAAACAGUUUGAUGUUUUCUUUCAAGUACAGUAUUUGAAUGCAUUUUGAGGAAAUAUACCGUUCAGUACAAAGCGUCACGCAACCUAGCAAAUGUUAAAGUGAACUCAACGCCCCCCAAAGCAUGGGCCAAAUGUCCCCUCCCCUUCUGAAAUGUUAAAGAAAUUUAUUGGUCGCGUUGCACUGCUUUGAAGUUGCCAGAUCUUACAACGCCUGGACAUGUAUUUUACCUAUCAGCUAACCACAACAUACAGUAUGUUAUAGCAAUCUGUCAGUCGAUGACACAGUUGAUGUCGUGGCACGCAACCAUUGGUUGAUGCAUGCAACGUCUAAGCAGUGGAAUGCGACCAUCAUCUGUGAUAUAAUGAUUUGUCCAAAUGAUCAGUGACUAAAAAAUCUGCGCACCGGGACAAAAUUCCUGGUUAGUCGUCACAUCCCACAGCCUGUUGACAGAUUCUACCAUAGCAUCCUAUGUUAGGUGCAUCUCUCCAUGAAAGAUUAAUUCAACCCCUACUGCUGUGCUUUAUAUGGACCAGAUGAGGAGGAGACAAGGGGACUGAUGCUUGCUGGUCACACACUGUUUUGAAGCCACAAUAUAUUUUAGAAGCUAUAGAAAUGCAUAAUUAAUGUCUACAUUCUUUUUUGCCAAGUGUAUUCUAUUAAAGACACCUUAAUGCAUACUUAUUAAUAUAUUAUGUGAACUAAACAUAAAAAAAUAUACAUAUACAAAAACAUAUUCCUUAAAGCUGGAAUCCGCAUUAGGGGAAACAGGGCCACUGUACGCUUUAGCUCAUUUGUAAUUGUUUUGGUUUUGUUUAUGAAAUGGAGGAGAGGAGCAUCCAGCGUCGUGGUAAAAAUAGUAUUUGCAUUACACAUUCUAUCGCGCGUGCAAUGAUGUGCAAUGAUUUCCGAGGGGAAAAAAAACGUUGCUUCAUUUUUUAAAGUAAUUUCUAUUUUGUUGUAAUAUCGCAACGGAUGUGGCAGUUUCACCAUUACUGAUUCCAGCUUUAAAGUAUAUAUAUAUUUUUUGUACUUAUGUUAUUGUCCCCACCAAUAAAAAGUAA